AGACGACUCGUGGAUGAUGAUGACUCCUUCCUUACUCUUCUUCUUCGCUGCAUAAUCUCACUUCUUCUCCUUCUCCAUCGGAGCUACAUCAAUCCAAACCAAAACCGGUUUUGUUGUUUUAAUCAAAGAAGAGAGAGAUGUCAAACUAUCCAAGGAUCACAUGUGUAUCUUCAUCCCAUCAGAAUCUUGUGGAGAAGCUAAAGCAACUCCAGGAGAGAUUCUCCCAUCUCCAAGCUGCUAGAAAGGAAGGGAGGCUUGGUGAUCACGCUUUCUUGGAAGCUCAGAUCUCUCAGAAUCUCCGUGAGUGGGAAGCUGAACUAACCGCUCCUUCUCCUGAAGCUUCUCUUUUGGGUGAAAGUAUUAGUAAUUUCUCUGAGGAGAUAGCUCGUUUGUUGAAGCUAAAUGACGAAGAGGAUGAUGCAACUAGUUCUUUGAAGGAGCAGGACGUUGCUGCGCCGAAGGCUGACGGUUUUGAUCAAAGGUUGUGUCUUUCGGAAGAUUUGGAAUGGAUAGAUGAGCCUUUUUGUCAGAGUCCUUUCAACGUUGAUUUCUCUAGUGGUUUUGAGGAAGCUGUUAAUAACACCCAACAACAUGACCAGCAACUCCAUUUUGCAUUUCAAGAGUUUGAUCCAAGGAUAAACACCACUCCUGAUUUCCAUGGCCAGAAACUCAGCAACUUGGAUAUAACUUCUCAGUUGGAUUACCAUCUCUCAGAAGUGCGCCAGGAAUUCAACAACAGCAACCCUUCCGUUAAGCUUGACGCGUCUGAAAACUAUACUGAAUUUACUACUCCAUCAAGUGUCCCCGCGCCUCCUCCUCCUCCUUCUGCAUUUUUGGGACCAAAGUGUGCACUAUGGGAUUGCACAAGGCCUGCUCACGGAUCUGACUGGUACCAAGACUACUGCAGUGACUACCAUUGUAAUCUAGCUUUGAAUGAAGAUUCCUCUGGCGCAGAACCUGUUUUAAGACCAGGAGGGAUUAGUUUGAAAGAUAAUCUCUUGAUUGAUGCUCUUCGUGCAAAGACUCUUGGUAAGAAUGUCGGAAUCCCAGUGUGUAAAGGAGCUGUUAACACAAAAUGCCCAUGGAACGCAGCAGAGCUAUUUCAUCUUGACCUGGUCGAGUGUGAAACGAUUACAGAAUGGCUAUUCUUCGACCAACCGAGAAGAGCAUAUGAUAGUGGAAACCGAAAGCAAAGAUCACUCCCAGAUUACAGCGGAAGAGGGUGGCAUGAAUCAAGAAAACAGCUGAUGAAAGAGCAAGAAGGCCAGAAGAGAUCUUACUAUAUGGAUCCACAACCUCCUGGUCUCUUCGAGUGGCAUCUCUUUGAGUACCAAAUUAACGAAUCCGAUGAAUAUGCCUUAUAUCGACUAGAGCGCAAACUAACAAAUGGAAAGAAGAGUCAUAAGGGAAGAGUUGCAAAUGACCCUCUUGCUGAUCUGCAGAAGAAGAUGGAGAAGAUGGGACAGUUAACACCUGAGGUGGCUUCAGACAAACCCUCUCCUCCUACCAAAGGGCGUACAAAGUCUACCAAAGGAGUUUAGUCAGCAGCUAAAGACACUGAUGACUCAAACAAUCAUACAAACGAGCCAUCAUCAAAUCAGUGCUGGUUUUCAGUCUCUGCUUUUAUCUGACUACAAGUUAACCUCUUUGAUGGUUUGUGUUAACAGGGAGAAGAGUCUGAUCUUUGCCCCUUUUUUUACUUGAGAAUCUGAAAUGGUUUUUAAAUUCUUUUAGCUUCGUUUUGUUUACUCCUCUAAAGCCAUUAGGAUUUUGUAAAAAAAAAAGUUUAUAACUCUACUGUCAUGUUUCUGCAUUCCAAAAUGGUUCUGCG